UCAGUCCAUUGAAAUUGCCUUGUCUAAAGAAUCGAUUCAGCAAAACCCAUCACUGCUCGCUAGCGCAUGAGCGCAGUAGCAAGGCUGCGGAAGUAGCCUCUGACUGAAGUCAGAAGGACUGAUCUGGGUUGCCAAGUGCUCCUCUUUGGCUCCUCUUUUGUGUCAGAGUUCCACCUUUUUUGUCUCUGUGGGUGGACCAGAGCCCACAAGGGCAAACCAUUAAAUUAUUGACAUACGCGCUUUUCUUCUGACCACGAAAAAUAUUUUUUGACAAAAUAUUUUAACACCGGAGCGGUUUAAAAAUAAGAAUAAUAUAUUUUGAAAAAGUGUCGAAAUUGGGAAACGCCCCAAUGUUGCUUGGCAACACCAAAACAUUGUAUUUGUGAGACGGGUCUGGAGCAGAAGAUGGAAAAUAGGGCUGUAUAACAGUUUGCUUCCCUAAAUAAGAGAUAUAGAAGGAAUGUUGCAGAGAUAGCGGCUCAGACUAGAGGGUAGAAAGUGUCUCAGGAUGGACUGUAAAGGGCUUGUCAGAGAGGUCAUCUCACUGCUGGACAAGUAUAAUCCAGAUGAGCAGAGUGUGGACAGUUUUAUAGAGGACUCUGUCAAGACCCUUGGGGACCAUUCAUCUGGUGACCAGAAGUUUUUCAUUGAUGUUGUUUAUGGAUGUGUUGUGUAUCGAAGGCUUUUGGAUGUUGUGGUCAACGUCUUAUAUAAUCAGACUGGAAAAUCCUUAUUCAAAGCUGAUCGGACUCAAUAUGUUGUGGUCUGUUAUCUUGCCAUGUUCCAUCUUGAGGAUCUGGGCUUUGAGCAGUUCAGUAGGAUAAUCAAGUCUCUGGAUAGCUCAAAAAUGCACAAGUUUCUUAGUUUCUUUUUUAACGUCACCAACCUCACCACCUGGAUCCAUGGAGAGUGGAGUCAAUUUUAUGAUGCUGCCUAUGUGGAGCACAAGUGGAUAGCUCCAUUAUUGCGAUGGCGGACUGAGAUUGAAGGUCUGCUAGAUCACCUUGCCAAGAAAAUGACCAAAAGCAGUCUGUCGAGGAACUCCCCCAAGAAGUACACACAGCCUAAGGAAUUUGAUCUUACAAAGCCUAAACCUCGUCCACUACCAGCUCCUGAGUGUAUUCCACAGCAGGAGAAGGCCAAACCGGUUCCAGCAACCACCCACAGAACUCCAAAAGAGCCCAAUGUUCUGGAGGAGAGCAAACAGAAGAAUCACCUGAAAGCACAGCAAGUCUUGUAUGAGGCAAAUAUUCAGCAAUUCCGAUGUGCAAACCCACAGAAAUCUGAGAAAACAAAGAACACAGUGUCGCAGAUCCAGCAAAGCUAUGAUGCUAAACUGAAAUUUGACAAUGUUUACACCUCUGGUACUCCAGCUACGCAUAAGAUGAACGAUUUACCCAUCAGGAUGAACACGACAGCUAUUCUUCGGGAAGGAGCCCUGUAUAAUCGUCAGAUGGAAGAGGAGCUGAAUAGACUUGAGCGCCUGAUGCAGGGGGGCAAUGAGCCCUCUGUGUUCCUGCAAUGGCAGAGGGAGAUGAAGGAGAAGGACCUGCAGGAGGAACUGGCCCAAGUGGAGCGCAGGAGGCUGGAGGGCAAGAUCAGCCAUGAGGAGGCUCUGCUGGCACGCCAGCGUGUUCUGGAGCUCAACCAGCACAAAGCUCAUCUUAAAAAGGAGGAGACUGCCGAGCUGAUGCGCAGGUACGCAGAUAAGCGUCUGACGGAGGAGAAGGAGAUUAAGGAGCUGGUGCAGCAGGUGGCCAAUGGCCACAAAAACUCCAAAGCUGCCAAAAUGAAAUUGCAUGAGCUCAAGCAAUGUAUUGUAAAGGAGGUUUCUGAGCAGAGUAGGGAGCUUCUUCAGCAGGCACUUGAGGAAGCCCAGGCUGAGCUGAGCCGCAAGUUUGAGCUCAUCCGGCAGAUUCGAGCCCUUGAGUCAGUGCCUUCCAUUAGACACAAGUUUGUGGAUGACACAGAGACUGGAGGUCAUGACCUGCUGUGUGAGAUGUCUCUGGCAGAGCUGCGGGAGCGACUAGCCAGGCUGAGGGAGGAGGAGCAGCAGGAGCAGGAGGAGAAGAGGCAAAAGAUCCUGGAGGAGAAACAGAGCAAAGAGCAGCUACUGCUGGAGCAGCUGGACACAAUUGUUAUUCGCAGGGCUGGAGCAGGACAAGCCCAGGCACGGAAGCAGGAGGAAGAAAAGAAAAUGAGACUGAAGCUGCAGGAGGCAGUCAGUAAGGACGAAAGAGUGGUGAACCUGCAGAAAACUCUGGAAAUGAAGCAGCAGGAGAGAAGGAAGACGAGGGAGAGUGAAAAAACAAAAGCAAACAUUAACAAACAGGUGGCUACUCAGAAGGUUAAGAGCUACAGCCAUGAAAAGCAGGCACUGGAGGAGCAGCACUGGUUGCACCUGGAACAAGCUCUAGAAAGGCAAGUCCAAAGAGAGGCAUCAAGAAGGAACACCCCAGAUUAGACACAUGGAAUUGCUACAUAAAACCUUUUCUCUUCACCAUUGUUAACUAAGAUCUGUAAUCUGUAAAUGUUUGAAUUAUUGGAUUUUAAUGUAAUAAAAAGUACAAAGAAAAGUCA